CGAUCAGUCGUGUAAUCGAAGACUUCUCCGCCGAAUCGAAUAUUGACGAGGGGAAAGACGAGUUUCGGUGUGGAAAGCAUUCUCGGCGUUUCCGUAUUCUCUCUCUCUCGACGGCGAUCCAAUCGAAAACAGGUUUGUGUUUUCUCAAUCUCCGUCUCGGUUAGAUUAAUUUUAUUUCGUGCGAUAUAGAGCUUACGAUUGAUGAUUUGAUCUAUCUCCGUCUUGGUUAGAAUUUUUUUUAGAGUGAUGAUGCUUCCUGAUUGUGAUGGUUUGUAAUUGUGAUGGUGUGUAAUAUUUUUGCUAAAUUUCUCAUAUGUGAAUUCUUUUGAAUGAGUAAACAAAAUUGUUCCUGCGUUUAUGAACUCUUGUUCAGAAUUCUCUCAUAGUUUUGAUUGACUAAAUCUGUUCAUCUUUUCAUAUUUACAAUAAUUGUUCAAGUGUUUAUGCUCAUUGUUCAUUUGUGAAUUUCCUUUGAUUGAGUUAGCAUAAUUGUUCAAGUGUUUAUGGUCAUUGUUCCUAAUUAUUCUCAUAGUUUUGAAAGAGUAAAUCUUUUCAUAUACAUGUGAAAUGCAAAAGAGGUUGUUGUACUUGCGUAAAAGUAAACUGAUAUUUAAUAACUUGUUACUAGCUUUGUGGUUCUAUGUGUAGCUUGUCAGAUUUUAUGGUUCGGUCAUUACUGAAAGUAGUUUAUGGUUCGGUCAUUACUUCUUAUUAGAGUGUUUGGUUGUAACUCAUUACUUCUUCAUAUCGUUAAUGGUCUUGUCUACUUUACUUCUCUGUAGUUUAUGGGUUGCUUGUUAGAGUUUAUAGUUGUAUCUCAUUACUUCUUAGCAGUAAUGGUCUUGUCUACUGUUUAAUUAUCUGUAGUUUAACCUAUUAUAUAUGUCCACCAUCUUCAUUGUAUCAUAUAUAUCCACCAUCUUCUUUCUCUCUUGUUUGCGCAAUCCCUUCCUCUCCGGUUUCUCUUCUCUUUCUCUGUUCUAAUAGCUAUGGAUCCAAGGAAUCCAUAUAGUCAGUCAUCUAGUUAUAUGGGCCUUCUAAACAGUCAAAACUUUCCUUAUGAAAGUUUCCCUCAGUUCAGUUCACAAGUAACCGACGCUGGAACUCAACCUGAAGCCACACCUGUGGACCGUAAGGAGAGAAGGAAAUGGACCCCAUCCGAUGACGAGGUCCUAAUCAGCGGGUGGCUGAACACAUCCAAGGAUGCGAUCGUUGGAAAUGAUCAAAAGUCGGGGAGUUUUUGGAAACGAGUAGGCGAAUAUGUCGCAGCUAGUCCACAUGCUAGAGAGGGUGGUGAAACAAGAGAGCAUCUCCACUGCAAGCAGAGGUGGCACAAAAUCAAUGAUGUAGUGAGCAAGUUCUGUGGCGCAUAUGCUGCAGCUGAAAGACAAAUCAGUUCUGGUCAGAAUGAAACAGAUGUUCUCAAGAUGGCCCAUGAGAUAUACUACGCUGAUCAGCACUCGAAGUUUAAUCUUGAGCAUGCGUGGUGUGUGUUGAGGUAUGAACAGAAAUGGCUUAACCUCAACACACCUAAACCCACGGGCAGUUCAAAGAGAAAAAUUGGUGAGCCAGUUUCUGAUACUUCAAGCACGUGUCAUGGUGAUCAAGACAUCCGUCCUGAAGGUGUAAAGGCUGCUAAAGCUAAAAGGAAUAAUGGUCAAGGGAAGUCUGUUGCUGAGUAUUCGACCAUUUGGGAAAUGAAGAAGGAGGAUCUCAUGAUGAAGAAGGAGGAUCUCAUGAUGAAGGAGAAGCUGUCUAGACUGGCCAUACUAGACUCUCUCCUAACCAAAAAAGACCCUCUGACUGAAGCUGAAGAAGUUGUCAAGAAUAAGGUACUCGCUCAGUAUUUCUGAGCAACAAAACUAAAUCUUUCUAUGUUUCUACCUUAUAAACUAUGUCUUUAAAAUGUUGUUUGAACUCUUUCCCUGUCGGCUUUGAGAAUUCGAGCCUUAUUUGUUUGUAUGAAUCUACUUUAUGUUUGCUUAACGUGAUGAAUCUACUUGAUGUUUGCUAUUACAUGUCUUUUAAAUGUUGCUUUUUGAACUGUCCUUAGCUACACACUUCUAUUUUUUUACUUUGAACUGACGGUAGCUACACACAUAUUUUUUUUUUUCAGGUU